AUGGAACAGUUCCUUGCAGAUGGGCAAAAGUGCUGCGUGAACUGCAAGUUUUGGCGAAGGUUUAAACAAUCUCGAUUUGGCUGUGUUUUUGUAUGCGGCUGCCCUGGUGUGUUCAUAGACUUUCAAAAGGUUCUUCGUGAUUUCGUGACCGACAUUCGUUCUGGAGCACGGUCCGUUGAGUUUCUUCCUAUCAUCUCUGGACGUGUUGCAACCGAUCACAUGAAAGUUGCCCAGGUUGAGUUGGACCUGCGAACAAACUCUAUUGAACUGCGCAUUAUGAACACAACGCCGGCAGACGCGCUGCAUAUCCUUGAGGGGAUGCCACUGAGCUUGGACCAAUGGACCACGACGAAGGAAGGGUGCUUCCGCUUUCCUCUUGACGUUCUAGACAUGCUGGUCCAUGAACUUAAGAUGGUGUCAGACACUAGUGAGGAUGGCCUCUACGUCAAUGCGCCCUCAACAUGUUGCAGGGAAAUGAGUUUGGCCUCAAGAACGGCCAAUUCGUUUCAGUUAAGCGAGUUGUUACCGGCGAGACUCUUUUCGGCAUUGCAGCAGCAUCAAAUAGAUGGCAUUUGUAAGGCUUUGGCGUUUGGUGGCCGUGCACUCUUUGCGGAUGAGAUGGGAGUAGGCAAGACUCUUCAAGCGAUCGGGACCGUUGCGGCGCUCAGUGCUUUUCCGACUCUCAUCGUGUGCCCGGCCGCCUUGCGCUACAUGUGGGUCGAGGAAGUGGAAAAGUGGCUGGCAGAGACAGUUGAAAUGGAGGACAUUCACGUUAUAACCUCCUCCAGUCAAUUUCUCUCUGUAAGUGAUGCCCCCAAGGUGGUAGUAACAAGCUAUCAUAUGGUUUCUAUACUUGCCGCGCAAAUGAGGAGCCGCGAGUGGAGCUGCGUCGUUGUGGAUGAAAGUCACACGCUACACACAACGCUGGAUGCCUCCAGUGACGCCCAGUACACAUCACUGGUGUGCGAGCUUGGAAAACGCGCAAAGUACUGUCUCCUGCUUAGUGGAACGCCCUCAUUGACGUCGCCCUUUGAUCUGUUUAAUCAAAUUGAUACUCUUCGCAGUGGGGUGUUUGGCCAAACCCGGUUUGACUUUGCGCUGCGGUACUGUCGCAUGGAAUUUUUGCCCCAUUUUAGGGUCUGUGAGUGUAUACGCAACGUGGAAUUGCACUCUCUACUUGAGGCGACUUGCAUGAUCCGUCGCCUCAAGUCGGAAACGCUAAUUGAUUUGCCCUCCAAGCAGCGUAUUCUCCUGCGUCUUCCGGAGACAGUAGUGCAUGGCCAACGGAGAGAAGUUUAUUUUCAGAAGGAGUAUUCUCUCAGCUGGGGGCGCAAACGUGACGAAAUAAUGGAGGUUGUUGACUUUCUUCUUAAAAAGUACACUAAAGUAGUUCUCUUUGCACAUCACAUUAAAUUGCUGGAUGUGUUAACAACACAUGUGAGCAAGCAGAAGGUUUCAUGGAUCCGCAUCGAUGGGAGCACCCCAAUGUCCGCACGGGCGACGUCGCUGUCAUGGUUUAAUCAGGGUGAUGUUCGAGUUGCGAUUAUAGGCAUCACUGCCUGCGCCGUUGGAAUACACUUGACGGGGGCAUCUUGUGCCCUAUUUGCAGAGCUUCCGCCUGACGCGACGUGGAUGCAGCAGGCGGAAGAUCGACUGCAUCGCCCAGGCCAAGUGAGGCAUGUCGUUUUUUUCUACAUUGUGGGGACCAGUUCCUUUUUUGAUGGUGAGCUCUUCGCCCGCCUCUGUCGGUCCUUUCAGACGGUUCGUCGCACCACCGAUGGGGUGCCUGUAUCGCUCACUGCAAGCUAUGCAAGCCACACAGAGUCGUUUGGUGACGUCACAGAGACAAACUUGGCCGUGGUUAAAAAUUCAACUGCAUCCUUUAAUCUUGCGGCUACAGUGCCGUUGCUUUUUCGCAUUAGCUCCAACACCGGACGCAUUCACGUCAGACAGGGCGGUAAGUAUUUAUUGAGUUUAUCGCUCGACGAAGCGCGGCAGCACUGGUCUCUCACGGACGACUUCUCACAUGAGCUAAGACGGUUUAUCUUGAAUGUUGAGUCCCUGUCGUUUUUUGAGCGUCGCCGAAUGAGGUCGGCUUCUGUUUGGCUGCCAUCGAAUUUCUCCUGGUGGAGCGAGAAGGCGCGGUGCAAGACGUUUCUUCGUUACGCCCAUGAGGGUCCGGUUCUGGGAAGAAUCUUUUUUUGGAAGGUCAAUCGCUGCUUGUACCCCUCCACUUUCUACGCCGCACUACUCUCUGCGUUGGGGGAGGCCUACGCGCCGCUCUGUUUGGAGUGCAAGGGUUCUUUCCCGUGUUCAUUCUCUCCAUCACCAGGCGACGUUGUGUGCAUCGAAAAAGACAUCGACAUGUUUUGCAGUGGUCGCUGCCGUGCUGCCUUUUACAUUAAACGCUCCGGGUCUGCCGUUCGACGAAGUGUUCGGGAGGCCGACCAUGGCAUUUGCUCGCAUUGUCAUGUUGAUUGCGAGGUACUUUGUGCACAGCUGGUUGCCGCAACGACGGGACAAGAGCGUGAGGUCAUUUUGGACCGCAUGCAUCCACAAAUGCGGCAGUAUCCGGCACUGUUUAAUCGAAUUAUCGAAAAUCCGGUUGCCGGAAACGUUUGGAAUGCCGAUCAUGUCUUGCCUGUGAGUCAGGGCGGCGGGCAGGCGAUGAUGGACAACCUUCAAACCCUAUGUGUCGCGUGCCAUGCGGAGAAGACACUGCGUGAGUCGGAAAUGCGACGCAGAGGCGCUGUCAAGCGAAGCUACCGCACCACGGUGGAAAUGUCUAGCACUCACUUCACAGUGAAGGCCCCGCGGCGUGUGACUGCAGAACGUUUGUUGCUUUUGAAGGAAGGGACCUCGUACUUUGCUCUCCUCUCCGUGUUGUUGUUUUUGGGUUUUUGGUUUUUCUGCGGUUUUAUUCCCUGUUCUACUGGGGGGGGGGGUCAUUUUUAA